AUGCCUAUUCUGAAGUCAAGUGUACCACGAGAAGGAACGGCAUCUCCGAUAUCAGAAGCCUACUCACAUGGUGGGCCGCAGCGCUCGACAGUCUCGCUGGAAGAAGCCGCGUCAACCACUCGCCCCGGAACAGUCGCCUCACCAGUCGCCGGACCGAUCGCCUCAACUUUUUGGAUUGCCUCAACCUGUGGAUCGCCUCGACUUGUGGAGACAUCCAGUCGCCCUGCUGCCGCCGUUAGAGCCGAUACCCACGCACCAUCAUAUAGAUCGACGGAGCACUGGGUGUGUCGCUGUAUGCUCCAGGAGCUGCCAUCGCCGGCGUGCCCCGGUAUACCUCGUAAAUCAGCGGAAAUGAUGAAUGGAACCAGUAUGAGCUCUCCGAACACAACGGGAGCGAUAGCUUGCAUGCUCUCCAAACUGCGCUCUGAAAAUAUUCAGUGGACACCAUACAGAGUUCGCCUCGCGUUGGAGAACACUGCUGCCGGAAACGCGAACGAAGAAGCCUUUGGUGGAGGUUACGGUCUAGUCCAGGUGCUUAACGGCUACGAAUAUAUGCGCUCUUACAAAGAUGUUUUGCCACCCCUCUUCAUGACUGAUAUCGACGUUCGUGUAAAGCAGUCUAAUCGAAGCAUGAGAGGCAUCUACAUCCGUGAAUUGCUUGAGUCACAGAACCUCCAGGAGUAUACAGUUUCUAUCCAACCUAAAUUCAAAGAAUUUUCGGACAAUAUCGGCAAGUCUGAUCUCGCCAUGAAAAUUUCACUGCAAUCUGAAGGCGAAUUCUUGGAGUUUCCUCGUACCUUUUUGUUAACUGCUGGAGAAGGUCAUUUUGCCGUGAAAGUCGAUCCAACGGUUCUUUCGCGUGGAGAAUUUGCCUACACUGAGAUUGUGGGACUGUGUGAGGACAACUACGCCUUUGGUCCCCUGUUCCGCGUCCCAAUUACGGUGAUCAGCCCUGAAGGAAGUUUCAAGCGAAAAUGA